AUGAAAAGUUUCAAAGCUAAAGCCAGUUCAUUACCGCUUUUUAAUGGACGAAUAUCCGAUUCAUCGAUAUCGAGUAACUCCUCAUCGAAUGCAAUUGCGUUUAAAUCCAAGAAGCGGGCUACGUUCAAUGGAGUUAUGCAACCGAAAAUCUUCACCAUAUCCAGCUCUGCAUCAUCAGCGCUAUCGUUGCUGAAGGAUGAGUCUCAAAAGUAUGCGCAGCUUCAAACAUCUGCAAAUGUGCAUAAUGGAGGCAGUGUCGGCCCCGAGAUGCAUAACUAUGAAAAACUUAGAGUGGUGGGACAAGGUUCAUUUGGAGUGGCAAUUUUAUAUCGGCGCAAAGUUGAUAAUCAUCACAUUGUAUUUAAGCAGAUAAAUUUAGCCGACUUAACGCCAUCCGAACGCGACUUGGCUAUGAACGAGGUGGAGGUAUUUUCCAAACUCCAUCAUCCGAAUAUAAUAAGUUACCUGGGCAGUUUCAUUCGGGACAAUGCAUUGCUGAUCGAAAUGGAGUACGCCGAUGGUGGUACCCUUGCUCAGGUCAUAGCCGAUCGGCCGCUGAAAGAUUAUUUUCCGGAACGCUAUAUCAUUGCAGUGUUUGAGCAGAUUUCAAGUGCCAUUAAUUAUAUGCAUUCCGAAAAUAUAUUGCAUCGGGAUUUGAAAACGGCAAAUGUGUUCUUGAAUAAACGUGGCAUUGUAAAGAUUGGUGAUUUUGGAAUAUCAAAAAUAAUGAAUACAAAAGUUCUGGCACAAACGGUUCUGGGAACGCCGUACUACUUCAGUCCCGAAAUGUGCGAGGGCAAGGAAUACGACAACAAAAGCGACAUUUGGGCAUUAGGUUGUAUACUUGGCGAAAUGUGUUGCCUGAAGAAAAGUUUCGCCGCCACAAAUCUUUCCCAAUUAGUAUCCAAAAUAAUGGCGGGCAACUAUACGACUAUACCAACAGGAUACUCGUCGGGAUUGCGCAGCCUUCUAAACAACCUUUUGCAGGUAGAUGCUUCGCGCCGCCCUAAGGCCUCUGAAAUUUUAGAGUAUUGGAUACCAUUGAUAUUUAGAAAUCUGGGCAAACAUAAGGGGUAUUCUUAUAAGGACGAUAUGUUUGCAAUUAACUCCCCCCAAGAAAAUGUUGAGUUCAGCUUCAAUUUGGAAACAGAUAAAUCUACACAAGCCUUGCCAGAUCUCCCAACAGAAUGUACCGAAAUGAGACAAGUGAUGAAUGCGGAAACUGCGGUGCCCAAUGAAAUAAUUUAUAAACGGUCUGUUCUAUACCAAUUGAAAGCGUUCGGCAACAGCUUCAACAUGAAUCCCAUACAGUUGCCUCCGAAAGCACGUAUACGCACGGUGGCAGCAAGCGAUUCUCAUUUUGUGGUAGUAAAUGAAGAUGGCUCCGUAUAUGCUUGGGGAGAAGGUACACAUGGACAACUUGGUUCUACAUCCCUCGAAGCGUGGAAGCAUUAUCCUAGCCGAAUGGAGAGUGUGCGCAACCAUAACAUUGUAAGUGCAUGCGUUGGCGAUGACUUCACUAUUCUACUAACGCAGUCCGGUGCAGUGCUCAGUUGUGGCGAUAAUUCAAAGUAUGCGCUGGGCCACGAGGAGAACAAAACCUUUCACACGCCGAAAAAUGUUGCCAAAUUACAGGAUAUACAAAUAGAGAAAAUAACAGCCGGCACAGAGCACGUGCUUGCCUUGAGCGCCGACGGUUCUAUCUACGUUUGGGGCACCAACCUGCACGGUGCGCUCGGAUUAGGUAAACUACAAACACAACAGAUAACCCCACAAAAAGUGCUGCUGCCACAUGUAAAUGGCAAGGCGGAGAGAAUCUUUUGCGGUCCCAAUGUUUCAGCAGUGCUUUUCAAAAGUGGCGACUUGUAUCUCUGUGGCUGCAACAAAUACAAGAAGUUGGGAUUCAAAAAAAAUAAUACAAUCACCGCAUUUAAAAAACUCCAACUGCCACACAAAAUCGUUGAUGCCAGCUUCUCGUCAAUGCACACCGUGUUGCUGGUUGAGAGCGGUCGCAUAUAUACGAUGGGCCGCAACGCAGAGGGACAGCUCGGCGUGGGACACACUAGUGAAGUAGAUCGGCCUACGCUCGUGGAGUUCAUAAAGCAUCGCGCCAUUGUGAAUUGCAAGUGCAAUGAUCAGGGAACACUGGUUACUUCCGCGGACAACGUUAUCACUUUCUGGGGUACUAGAAACGGCAUACCAGAGUUUGGAGAUGGUAAUUUCGAUAAGUUACCAUUUGGAAAUGAUGACAUUGAUUCGGAAAUCGGUAAUAGCACCGUGGCGUUUACGAAUUUCCUUGCUUCGGUUUAUAAAUCUGAACUUCUUUUAGAACCUGUAGACAUUUUGGCUUUGUACGCAUCCAAAGACCAAUACCAGAAGGGCUACUACAUUAAGGUAAAUAACAUUUAUCUAUUGCCACACAGUGUUUUAGUGUUGGUGGACACCACGACACCUUUGGUAUCCUCGCUGGCAGAGAUGCAGUAA